UAUAAUUAACUUUACCAGGAUAGUAACGUACAGCUGAUCAGUUGGUGACAGGCUCUAUAAAUAUAUAAUGUCAGGUAAAGCUUAUGGGUACAAUCUGGGUUUUCUCACAGGGUGCGGUGAUGUUAGCUUAAUCGCAAUGAGGGAUUCGUGUCAGUAGGAUUACGUUAAAGUAGUAAUAAACGCUAUGAUAAUGUUUGACAGUUUAGGUCGCAGCUAUUUUAUAUCGUUUUAAAAUAAUUAGCAACCAAGCAGACGUAUGAGUAAACGAGCUGUUGGCCAGGGCGGUCAUCUUGUUGACAGCUUAGUUAAAAUUAACUUGGCUAAUAACAGGUGCAGUGUCAGUUUGCUCUGAAUUGUCUGACCAUCUCUAUAGAUUAUAAAAUAUCAGAUGGACGUUUUAAACAUCAUUGUUAAGUAAGAAGAUUGUGAUUUAUGCCAAGUAUAAGCCUGUCUCUGCAGUACGAAACAUAAUUUCUGUAUUUGACUGUAGUAGUUUAACAGCGUCUAGUCUUGUGUGUUGGUCUCAUUAACUUAACUCAGCCCCAAAACACUGGGGGACAUGCAGGCGGAGGAUGUCUGUGGCUGCUCUACGAUUGAUCCACUAUCGGAGACUGAGCACAGCUGGGCCUCCUGGAGUCAAGAGAGUGCUUCAGUGGAGAGAUUUAAGGAAGGUUGCUAAAGUUACUGGAGCAGUUAUCUUUGGGGGCUGUCUGUUUAUCACCUAUGAGGUGGUAGCCUUGGACAAGGCUGUGACCAUUGACACCAGUGCAAUUUUUCAAGAGAAGUACAAGUCGUACAUCUACUUGAAAGCCACUCCUUCAGAUGAAAAGGAGAAUCUUGCUGCAGGGCUCACUCACAAAACAAGGAGGGAACUUCAUAAAGCAGCAAGGAGGUUACUGGAACUGUCCUCUAGAGUUUUACGUAGAUCUCUAGAUGUAAAAGCUUCCACAUUGAUGACGCAAAGCUUGAAUCCACAAGAGCAUUUUAGCCAUGUGGAUGCAGACCCCCAUGAGGUAGCAUUAUGGGUCCUGCUGAAGAGGACACAGUCAUCCAACAAAGCCAUCAGGAUGCAGGCUGUGCAGGAGCUUGCAGACAAUCACCACUGGCAUGACUACCAGUACCAGACUGCAGCCCAGUUUCUAGACCAGCGGACAGCGGUGGGCUUGGCCCGGACUCCUCAGGUGGACCUGCGCUUUUUCCUGUCUCCACCCACCCUGCCUGUCCUGGAAGAUGGCAUGUCGGCAGAGGAUGGACUGAGGCAGCUGCUGGCAUCUCUGCCUCAAUCUGAGGUUGACAAAUGUGUUCAGUACUUCACUUCACUGGCCCUCAGAGAGAGCACACAGUCCUUGGCAGCACAACGGGGGGGUCUUUGGUGUUUUGGUGGUAAUGGACUGCCGUACGCCCAGAGCCUCACCUCGGUUCCCUCUGAGAAGGUGGAAUCAUUUUGCUUACAAGCACUGGUACAGCAUUCAAAGGUCCAGAGUCAUUGUGAUCACAUAGUUGCAAAUGGAGGUCUACAGCUUCUUCAGAGAGAGUAUCAGCUCCGUAGAAACUCCCUGAAGAUUCAAAGGAACAUUGUACGCAUCAUUGGAAACUUGGCGCUGAAUGAAAGUGUUCACCAGGCCAUAGUGCAGUCAGGCUGGGUGUCUGUUCUGGCUGAGAUGAUGCAGUCCCCUCAUGUCAUGCAGGCUUCUCAUGCAGCUCGUGCUCUCGCCAACCUAGACAGAGAAACAUUACAGGAGAAAUAUCAAGACGGAAUCUAUAUCCUCCAUCCGCAAACACGCAACAAGCAACCAAUCAAAGCAGACGUGCUGUUCAUUCAUGGGAUAUUAGGGGCGGCCUUUAAGACCUGGAGACAAAAGGACCGCAGUAUUUUAGAAGAAGGGGACAAUGAAAGCAGCGAUGACUACACAGAGUGCUGGCCAAAGUCAUGGUUGGCCGCUGAUUGUCCAAAUCUGAGAAUACUAUCAGUGGAAUAUGACAGUCACCUCAGUGACUGGAUGUCAAAGUGUCCUGCUGAGAAUCAGAGGAAGUCGUUGGCCUUCAGAAGUCAAGAGCUGCUUCAGAAGUUAAAGGUGGCAGGAGUUGGACAGAGGCCUGUGGUCUGGGUUGCACACAGUAUGGGAGGGUUGCUUGUUAAAAAAAUGCUGCUGGAUGCAGCAGAGGACCCCGAUAUGCAAGAGCUGUUAAAGAACACCAAAGGCAUCAUGUUCUAUAGUGUUCCUCACCAUGGCACCUUUAUGGCUGAGUACUCUGUCAACGUCAGAUAUCUCCUUUUCCCCUCCAUAGAAGUCAGAGAACUUUGUAAAGAUUCACCAGCACUUCGCAAUCUAAAUGAGACCUUUCUAGACAUGGCCAAAGAAAAGGAAUUUAAGGUGCUGAGCUUUGCAGAGACUCUUCCAACUAACAUUGGUCCGAUGAUCAAGAUCCUGGUGGUACCAACACAGUCAGCAGAUCUUGGCAUUGGGGAGCUCAUUGAGGUGGACGUAGAUCAUCUCAACAUCUGCAAGCCAGAGAAGAAGGACUCAUUCCUGUACAGGCGAAGUCUCCAGUUCAUUCAGGAUGCACUGCACUCUUACAUCAGUCACUGACUGAAAUACAUGAACACCAACACCCCAACCCAACUUAUACUUGAAUUGGGGAGAGCACUUACACCCCUCGCAAGCAGAUGUUAACAUAACUGCCUCUUCUUGUUGCACAUAGACAUUUAUAACAUUAAUGUGAUUAUUAAUGGUAAUUUAACAUAACAUAUUGAUAUUUGAAGAGUUGGGAAAAAAAAAUCUGGGUGCUUUCUUUUUAGUUCUAGUCACAAUCCUAGAAUUGGUCACUGCCCCCUUUAACAGAUACUACUAUUAUUAUUUCUAAAAGUUAUUUUCCCUCAUGAUCUUAGACUUACCAGUUUUAACAUGUUACAUGUAAUAUUCAUCCUGUACUUUCUUCAAGAUGUGCUAAUAUCCUGGCAUCUACUACUUAGUGCUCAAGCCAUGGUUUGAAAUAUUUUUUAUAUUUAUGUAUAUUUUAUUCAAAUUAUAGUAUAACAGUUGUAUUUUGUGCCAAAUGCUGUAUAUUCCCUUCUGAGCCUUACCUCAAAUGGACCUAUAUUACAGUAACAUUUCAGAUUGCUUUAUUUAUUUUUAUGCGACUAAUUAACAAAAUGUUUUAUAAUGUUGUGUGUUUGCAGCCCACAUUUCCAUUAGCAAAGCUGACACAGAAUAAAUGUUUAAAGAUCAAGGCUUCACU